AUGAUCUGCAGAAACUGUUUACAAAGAGCAACGGCCCUCGGCCAACGCUCAAUAAUACAGAGGGCACCAAUCCGACGAACAUUCAGCGCGAUAUCGCCGAGGCAAUCCGCCGCAGCCGCAGCCGCACCUACUGCUCCUGCGGGAAGUAACGCAACCACAACACCGGAGGAGGCCGCGCCGCGGUCAUCAUGCCCACCGGGCACAGUCCUCAACGGCCUGAAUUACUUCAAGGGAAAGACGGACCCCGUGGCGCUGCCGGACAACGAGUACCCGGAGUGGCUGUGGUCGUGCCUGGACGUGGCGAAGGGGUCGGCAGCGGAGGAAGAUGCAGAUGCCGGUGAUGAAUUCUCGAAAUCCAAGAAGCAGCGACGGAUAGCCGCCAAGCGGCAGCGCGAGCUCGAGGCCAAGAUCCUGGCGACCGGCAACCUCGAGGCGCUGGCGCCCAAGAUACCCAUACAGCAGCAGUCGAUCAACCUGCCGGGCAAGCCGGACGGCGACGUGGCAGACGCGAUCCUGGCGGUGGAGAAGCGGGAGGAGCUGAGGAAGGCGAUGAGGAAGGAGAGGAAGGCCAAGAUCAAGGAGGACAACUAUCUCAAGUCUAUGUGA